GCGUUUUGUCCCGAAAGUAUCGGUUAUUUCGGGUGUAUAGUUCAGUAAUUUCGUAUACAUAACUGUCAUAGCCAACCGACCAACACUGUUCGGUUUGUUCAUUUGUUAAUGAAUUGAAUUCAACACUCAACUAGUCAACUGCAUCAUUCUUUCAUCUUCGUCGAGUUUUCCCGCGCUCGUUAUCCGCCAUGUCAGCCAUGGCAACAACCUCGUGGAUUUCUCUCUCUCAUCAGAAUCACAGACAAAAUAUGCUCAAUCAUAACAACAAUCCUUCUUUGUUCUGCAAACCCACUUCAAUUACUACUCUGAAAUUACCAGAUUUCAUCUUAUCAACCCCUAUCAAAGCCUCAGCUGUGCUGAACCAAUCAAUGUCAACCGAAGUCGCUGACUGUAAUCGUAAAAUUCGACAUUUUUGCGAAGCUGGUAAGCUUUCAGAAGCUGUUGAUUUGCUCUGUAGCUCACCAACAUCGGAAUUGGAGUUGGGAACUUAUUGUUUAGUCCUACAACGUUGCGCGGAGCAAAAAUCAUUGCGCGAGGGUCGUCGAGUUCAUUCAGUCAUUUCGUCGAACACUUGGCAGGCUGACAGUGUUUUGGGUGCAAAAUUAGUGUUUAUGUAUGUGAUUUGUGGGGAUUUAGUAGAGGGAAGGAAAAUCUUUGAUAAAAUUGCUAAUGAGAAGGUUUACUUGUGGAAUAUUUUGAUCAAAGAGUAUUCGAAAGCCGGCGAUUUUAAGGAAGGUGUAUAUUUGUAUAACAAAAUGAAGGAGUUUGACGUUGAGCCUGAUUCCUAUACAUUUUCUAGUGUUUUAAAGUGUUUUUCUGGAUUAGGGGUUCUGAAAGAAGGUGAGAAGGCUCAUGGGUGUUUGUUGAAAUUGCACUUGGGUGGUAAUACUGUGGUAGUGAACUCCCUGAUUAGUUUUUAUUUCAAGUUUGGGAGGGUUGAAAGUGCACAGAAGCUGUUUGAUGAAUUGCUUGACCGAGAUGUCGUGUCCUGGAAUUCUAUGAUUAGUGGGUAUGCAUCAAAUGGAUGUGCAUGGAGGGCGAUUGAGGUUUUCCAGCAAAUGAUUUGUGCUGGUGCAUCGCCCAACUCAACAACUGUGAUUUGUGUUCUUGCAGCUUCUGCAGACAUUGCUCUCCUCAGGUUUGGUAAAAUGCUUCAUGGUUAUGCAGUAAAAACUGCUUUUGAUCAGGAUUUGACUUGUAGCAAUACAUUACUUGAUUUGUAUUCGAAAUGUGGUGAUUUAGAUUGUGCUAUCCGAGUUUUUGAAAAUAUGGAUGAUCGAAAUAUUGUGUCAUGGACUUCCAUGAUAGGUACAUUUGCACAAGAAGGACGUUCUGAUGCUGCAGUGAAAUUGUUUCAUGAAAUGGAAAACAAGGGUAUUAGACCUGAUACCUUUGCUAUGACUACUGUGUUAAAUGCUUGUGCAUCGAGUGGAUUGUUGGAUGAUGGCAAGGAGGCAUAUGGUUAUGUCAAGAAGCACAAUAUGCAGUCAGAUUUAUCAGUCUGUAAUGCUCUGAUGGACAUGUAUAUAAAAUGUGGAAGCAUGGAGGAUGCAGAAUUAGUAUUCAGUCAGUUGUCUGUGGUAGACACAAUCUCCUGGAAUACUGUGAUUGGUGGUUACACAAAGAAUGGUCUUCCCAAUGAAGCGCUGAGUUUAUUCCUUGAAAUGCAACAAGAAUUGAAACCUGAUGGUGUAACCAUGUCCUGCAUAUUACCAGCUUGUGCAAGUCUGGCUGCUUUGGGAUGGGGAAAACAAAUUCAUGCCUAUAUACUCAGAAACAGGCAUUUUUCUGAUCUGUAUGUUGCUAAUGCACUUGUAGACAUGUAUGUGAAGUGUGGACAACUGGCUUUUGCCCGUUUGGUAUUUGAUAUGAUUCUUAUCAAGGACUUGAUUUCAUGGACAAUAAUGAUUGCCGGAUAUUGUAUUCAUGGACUUGGAAGCAAAGCUAGCCUCACCUUUGAUGAGAUGAGAAAUGAAGGGAUUGAACCAGACGAGUAUUCUUUCACAUCUAUAUUAUAUGGUUGUGUGCACUCGGGAUUGCUUAAUGAGGGUAGGAGAUUUUAUCACAUGAUGGACAAGGACUUUAAUAUUGAACUCAGGUUGGAGCAUUACAUUUGCAUGGUUAAUCUCCUUGCUAAUGCUGGUAGGUUGAUAGAAGCAUAUAAAUUCAUUGAAAGUAUGCCACUGAAGCCUGAUGCUGCUGUUUGGGGUGCUCUACUUCAAGGUUGCAGAAUACAUCAUGAUGUCAAACUAGCAGAAAAGGUGGCUGAACGUGUCUUUGAGCUUGAACCAGAUAACACAUUGUACUAUAUGCUUCUCGGAAACAUUUAUGAAGAGGCGAAAACAUGGGAGAAGGUUAAAUGGUUAAAGAAGAGAAUUAGCCAUCUUGGACUUAAAACAAAUCAGGUUUGCAGCUGGAUAGAAGUUAAGGGGAAGGUUCAAAUAUUUUUGGCAGGAAACCCAGCUGCAUUCCCAGAGUUCAAAAGGGUAGAAACAUUCUUAAAAAAGCUAAGAGCUAGGAUGAAGAAUGAAAAUUACUCUGUAAAGCCAAAAUAUGCAUUGAGUAAUGGGGAGGAAAUGAAGAAGGAAGCAUCAGUUUGUGGACAUAGUGAGAUAUCAGCUGCUGCCUUUGGAGUAUUGAGUUCGGCACCAGGGAAGGUCAUACGUGUCACAAAGAACUCAAAAGUAUGCCACGAAUGUCAUGAAACAGCUAAAUUCAUCUCAAAAGCUUGUGGUACAGAAAUCGUCUUAAGAGAUUCUUUCCGUUUCCACCAUUUCAAGGAUGCGCAUUGUUCUUGUAAAGGUUAAUGUUCAGGUAGUUUGUAUAAAUAUCUUAACUGGAAAAUGGCUGGGGGGUUAGCUCUUUAUCUUCUACUAUUAGCCGCUGAACCAUAUAAUAUCGUCUUAAGAGAUUCUUUCCGUUUCCACCAUUUAGCUUUUUAUAAACAUUAAAUUUUGAUCAAGAGAUAGAUGUUUCUUACAUUCUUACA